GUGCGCGUACGCGUGCGCGCCCGGCCGCGGUUCUGAGCUACCAAGCGGCUGAGAGGACAGAGAGGAGGGGCAGGAGCUACCGACCACAGGAGGAGGAGAAGGGGUUGUGCUCCUGGCCGAGCAAGGAGAAAGGGGCGGGGCUGGAGAGCAGCGCGCCGGGGUGCCGAGCUCCUGGGACAGGCGGGCGCGUGAGGGUCUGUGGCCCUUGCCGUCCCAGUGGCCGCCGCCGUCGCUUGGCUGCCGUCGGUCUGCGGGAGGCGGGUUAUGGCGGCGGCGGCAGUGGGAGCUGUGAAUGAAUUCUCCGGGUGGACGAGGAAAGAAGAAAGGCUCCGGCGGCCCCAGCAGCCCGGUGCCUCCCAGGCCUCCGCCCCACUGCCUGGCCCCCUCCCGCCCCGCCCCCAGGCCGGCCCCUCCGCCCCAAUCGCCGCAUAAGCGGAACCUGUACUACUUCUCCUACCCGCUGUUCGUAGGCUUCGCGCUGCUGCGUUUGGUCGCCUUCCACCUGGGGCUCCUCUUCGUGUGGCUCUGCCAGCGCUUCUCCCGCGCCCUCAUGGCCGCCAAGAGGAGCUCCGGGGCCGCGCCGGCGCCGGCCUCGGCCUCGCCCCCGGUGCCAGUGCCAGGCGGGGAGGCCGAGCGCGUCCGAGCCUUCCACAAGCAGGCCUUCGAGUACAUCUCCGUUGCUCUGCGCAUCGAUGAGGACGAGAAAGUAGGACAAAAGGAGCAAGCUGUGGAAUGGUAUAAGAAAGGUAUUGAAGAACUAGAAAAAGGAAUAGCUGUCGUAGUUACAGGACAAGGUGAACAGUGUGACAGAGCUAGACGCCUUCAAGCUAAAAUGAUGACUAAUUUGGUUAUGGCCAAGGACCGUUUACAACUAUUAGAGAAGCUGCAGCCAGUUUUGCAGUUUUCCAAGUCACAAACGGACGUCUAUAAUGACAAUACUAACUUGACAUGCCGCAAUGGACAUCUCCAGUCAGAAAGUGGAGCUGUUCCGAAAAGAAAAGAUCCCUUAACGCACACUAGUAAUUCACUGCCUCGUUCAAAAACAGUUAUGAAAACUGGAUCCACAGCUCUUUCAGGCCACCACAGAGCACCUAGCUGCAGUGGUUUAUCCAUGGUUUCUGGAGUGAGACAGGGACCUGGUCCUGCAACUGCCACUCAUAAGAGUACACCAAAAACAAAUAGAACAAAUAAACCUUCUACCCCUACAACUGCUGCUCGUAAAAAGAAAGACUUGAAGAACUUUAGGAAUGUGGACAGCAACCUUGCUAACCUUAUAAUGAACGAAAUUGUGGACAAUGGAACAGCUGUUAAAUUUGAUGAUAUAGCUGGUCAAGAGUUGGCAAAACAAGCAUUGCAAGAAAUUGUUAUUCUUCCUUCUCUGAGGCCUGAGUUGUUCACAGGGCUUCGAGCUCCUGCCAGAGGACUGUUACUCUUUGGUCCACCUGGAAAUGGGAAAACAAUGCUGGCUAAAGCAGUAGCUGCAGAAUCUAAUGCAACCUUCUUUAAUAUAAGUGCUGCAAGUUUAACUUCAAAAUACGUGGGAGAAGGAGAGAAAUUGGUGAGAGCUCUUUUUGCUGUGGCUCGAGAACUUCAACCUUCUAUAAUUUUUAUAGAUGAAGUUGAUAGCCUUUUGUGUGAAAGAAGAGAAGGAGAACAUGAUGCUAGUAGACGUCUAAAAACUGAAUUUCUAAUAGAAUUUGAUGGUGUACAAUCUGCUGGAGAUGACAGAGUGCUUGUAAUGGGUGCAACUAACAGGCCACAAGAGCUUGAUGAGGCUGUUCUCAGGCGUUUCACCAAACGGGUAUAUGUGUCUUUGCCAAAUGAGGAGACACGACUACUUUUAUUAAAAAAUCUAUUAUGUAAACAAGGAAGCCCAUUGACCCAAAAAGAACUAGCACAACUUGCUAGAAUGACCGAUGGAUACUCAGGAAGUGAUCUAACAGCUUUGGCAAAAGAUGCAGCACUGGGUCCUAUCCGAGAACUGAAACCAGAACAAGUGAAGAAUAUGUCUGCCAGUGAGAUGAGAAAUAUUCGAUUAUCUGACUUCACCGAAUCCUUAAAAAAGAUAAAACGCAGCGUGAGUCCUCAAACCUUAGAAGCAUACAUACGUUGGAACAAGGAUUUUGGAGAUACUACUGUUUAAGCCUGCAGAACGUUUUACUUUCCAAGAGAGAAACAUACCAUCUUCUAUGAAUAGUUAUCUGCUACAGAAACUCAGCCUAAGUUUACAGGACUUUUCAGAGUCUUACAAUUAUUUGUGCACCCCAGAAGAUGAACCGUAAAAUAAAUUUAAAUAAAGUAUACAAUGCAAAUGGAA